UAAGUCGCGCCGUGCGAUCUAUCAGCGUCCAGUGCAGUAUGUACUAAAGUAUAGCUUGUUCUUCACGUGUUGGACGUGAACCGAUGUGAAGAAGUGUGUAACAGUACUCUCAGCGCUCGAUUUUAGAGAAUCACGUUAGUAGGCAUGCGUUGCUCUUGAACUUGUGUCUACAGAAAAUUGAAAUUUCCGGAAUGAAGUUUGGACAUCUUGCCGCUUCUCGAGUAGCAGCUACUUGGAUACUGUUGGAGGCAGCAUUGCUGACAAAGGUGUCUAGAGCUUUUCAUAGUUGUAGUUUAGUUUCUCCUUCCCCUUGUCCAGUUGGCAGUGGUGUGCGAGCCCAGUGUCAUGGACAUCGGGACACACAAUGUGAGCUGUGUACUAAUGAUCACAACUACUCAAGUCUCCUUGGCUAUGAGUCAUGCAUGCCUUGCUCGAAAUGUCUCACAACAGAGACUGUAUCACGGCCUUGCACAGCGAGUCAAGAUACUCAAUGUGUGUGCAUUCGCACAAACAUCCAAAAAGAGUAUGACGAGAAAGAUUAUGAGGAAAGCGACAACACAGGGUUUGUCUCAGCAGACCGAUCAACAUUAGUGGAUCUUCAAGAAACUAAUCAAUUUACAAGUUUAGGAUCACGCUCUGAUGCUGUUUUUUGGGAUUCAAACCAACAUGAAAGCAACUCUUUAGACGGCCUUAAUAAUACAAUGCUCACAAGUGUUGUCGUGUCUUCAUUACUUAUUCUUAUAAUAAUCGCAGGAUUAUCAGCUGUUAUUAUAUGGAAGGUGAGAAGGAGAAAGAGCAGAGGUAUCAAUUAUUCAUUACGACUCAAUAGUGAUGAUGCAGGUCCUCCACGUUUCACAUCACCUCUUGAGAAUGGAUUUGCUCGUGUCGGAAACGAAGUGGCAUUACGAUGUGUAGCUGAUGGGUAUCCAACCCCAGCUAUUACUUGGUUGAAAGAUGGACAUUCUCUCGAAUUAGAUGACAACAUAGAGAUCAAUGACACUGAGCUAGUAAUCAGGCAAGUGUCGGUUAAUCUGGCUGGACGCUAUAGAUGUGAGGCUACGAACCAGUUUGGGACUGCAGUGACGUAUGCUAAUUUGACAGUCAUAGGGGUAUUUUGUGAAUCAACAGAAGACUUACCAAGUGUUGAGACGACAAUGAAUCUGGGCCUUUCUGUUACUUCACCUGAUUCAGACCAGAUGAUAUCCCAGGCUGGUCCAGAUUCUCUCUACAACAGCGAAUUGCAAGAGCAAUUUUUGACAAAAUACCCUGGAUCAACAUUGAGGAUUAUUCCACAUACUGACAAUCUGGAGUGGAAUGACGAAGGCAAUCAGGGCUACCUUCAAAGGAUGACUGAACAAGUGAGUCAUUACUCGGGAAGUCUUCUGGAGGAAAACAUGAUGGAACAUCGAGAGACCCGAACUAGACAGCUCGCCGAGUUGGGAUAUACAGAGUUGGCCAUUGGUCACAUCAGUGGCCGAAUUGAGGCCACAGUUGGUGCACAUCGAACACCUGACUGUGACCAGCUGUUUUAAUUAAUAGUAUCCACUGGACAUUGAAACGCUGUAUUUCCUGAAAUGCUGUUAGAUAUACAAGCUUGAUGCAAAUUGGAUUGGAAUGCUUGUUUAUCACAAACAUUUUGAGAGCAAUCACGUAAUUGUAUGUCUGCAGUUUCGA